UACUCAGCAGUCUUUUGGAUGCUUUAAGAGAGGGACAGAGAAGAUACACUUGGUAUUAUAAAUGUAUGGUGGACUGUGGGGACCUGAACGACUUCAAUGAAUCUUUGAGACUCACAAACAAUGAAGUCCACAUUGACCCAACCUUUACAGAAGAGACACUGAAGACAAUGAGCUGCUUUAUAAAAAGCUCCUCAAGUAAAGCUGACAUCAGAUUGGAUAACAUCCGUCAUCACCGUGGCAUAAAUAAAGGAUUUGUUCACUUCUUGUCAGACUGUCUGGAUUGGAUAUCUUCUAUAUGUUUUAUAGAUGGCUUCAAUGGAUUUACAUUUUGGUGGAUGUGUUAUUUGGUUUGUGAGUACAAAAGAGUGAAAGGAGACAACAGCCUUCCACACCUCAUUUCUUUAUUUGCACCCUUUCCAAACAUGGUGCCUGCUUUAAAAGGUGAUGAAGAUGACUUCUUCGACUUCACUUUCCUGAGUCAAUGUCAGCAGGACAAAGUCACCAUUCCACAGCACAGAGAAGCUUUCCAAGAUCUUCGGCGAUGUGUACUCAGCAGUUUUUUGGAGUCUGUAAGAGUGGGACAGAGAAGAUACACUUGGUAUUAUAAAUGUAUGGUGGACUGUGGGGACCUGAACGAGUUCAAUGAAUCUUUGAGACUCACAAACAAUGAAGUCCAUGUGAACCCAAACUGGACAGAAGAGACACUGAAGACAAUGAGCUGCUCUAUAAAAAGCUUCUCAAGUAAAGCUGACAUCAGAGUGGAUAACAUUAAUGUGUACGAUUACAUAAAUGAAGGAUUUGUUCACUUCUUGUCAGACUGUCUGGAUUGGAUAUCUUCUAUACGUUUUCUAGAUGGCUUCAAUCACGUUACAUUUUGGUGGAUGUGUAAUUUGCUUUGUAUGUACAAAAGAGUGAAAGGAGACAACAGCCUGCCACACCUCAUUUCUUUAUUUGCACCCUUUCCAAACAUGGUGCCUAGCCCAGAAUUUGAUGAACAUCACUUCUUUGACUUAACUUUCCUGAGUCAAUGUCAGCAGGACAAAGUCACCAUUCCAGAGCACAGAGAGGCUUUCCAAGGUCUUCGUCGAUGUGUACUCAGCAGUCUUUUGGAGGCUAUAAGAGAGGGACAGAGAAGUUACACUUGGUAUUAUAAAUGUAUGGUGGACUGUGGGGACCUGAACGACUUCAAUGAAUCUUUGAGACUCUUAAACAAUGAAGUCCAUGUGAACCCAAACUGGACAGAAGAGACACUGAAGACAAUGAGCUGCUUUAUAAAAAAUUCCUCAAGUAAAGCUGACAUCAGAGUGGAUAACAUUAAUGUGUACGAUUACAUAAAUGAAAGAUUUGUUCACUUCUUGUCAGACUGUCUGGAUUGGAUAUCUUCUAUACGGUAAAUAAUUUAACAGAAA